AUGUCCGCUCAAUUUGAUGGCAAGUACAAACUCAAGUCCUCGGAGAACUUUGACGCUUUCCUCAAGGAAAUUGGAAUUGGCCUGGUGACGCGAAAGCUCGCCAACACUGCCUCUCCCACGCUGGAGAUCACCACUGACGGCGAUUACACCACCAUCAAGGCCGUAGCCCCCUUCAAGACGCAAACUACCCGUUUCAAGCUGGGUGAGGAGUUCGAAGAGGAGCGCAUGGACGGCAAGAAAGUCAAGUCUGUUGUCACCGCCGAAGGCAACGUUUUCACACAGAUCCAAAAAGACAAAGACCUGGAGAUCAAGUACGUCCGAGAGUUCACCGACGACGAGAUUAAGGUGACCUCCAUCUGCAACGGUGUCUCCUGCCUGAGAAUCUACGGCAAAAUCUAA